AUGAAGAUUGCUUCGUUCGUCGCCGCCGCCCUAGCCUCCGUCGUCACUGCUCAAGACGCCUGCAAGCUCUACAACUACUACUCAAGCAACGGCUACGAAAUCCUCAACAACCUAUGGGGUAAAGACACCGCGACCAGCGGAUCCCAGUGUACAUACGUUGACGGCGUCACCGAUGCCGGUACGAAAUGGCACUCAAACUGGACCUGGGCCGGUGCGCCAAACAACGUCAAAAGCUACGUCUAUGCAGGUCGCCUAUUUACCAAGAAGCCCGUAAGCCAAUUUACGAAUCUGCAAACCGAGGCGAACUGGGCCUACGACACCACCAAUAUCCGAUGCAACGUUGCAUACGACCUCUUCACUGCCCAGGACGUAAAUCACACCACCAGCAGCGGAGACUACGAGCUUAUGAUCUGGUUGGCUAGAUACGACGUCUACCCCAUCGGCAGCUCGCAAGGCAUGGUCACGAUCGCCGGCCGCACCUGGGAGCUUUUCUACGGCUUCAACGGCGCGAUGAAAGUAUACUCCUUCAUAGCGCCCAGCCCUAUCCCGCAUUUCACUGCCGAUGUCAAGGACUUUUUUACCUACCUUACUGAGAAGAAGAAUUAUCCUGCUUCUACUCAGAACCUUAUCACCUAUCAGUUCGGCAGCGAAGCGUUUACCGGAGGCCCUGCUAAGUUUUCAGUGAACAAGUGGAGCGCUACUGCUUCUUGAUCUACUUUCUUGAGAUGAAGUGGGAG